GUUGAUAACGACGUGUCUCAUAAAUUGUUUUUUUUUAUCGCGAAACUGAUAUAAUCUACUUCUAUUUCAAAGUUUUGAGUUUUUAUUGUUAAUGCUCUCAUAAGCAGAUCUUUAGUGUUUGUGUGCCUUAUUUAUACAUAUAAUGAAGUGAGUGAAACUGGAAAAGUGUUAGGUCUACCAGUUAAUUGAAUUGAAAUUGUAGUUGGACUGCAGCGGAGUCAUGUUAUUAACAAAAAUAUUUCGUCGGAUGACGGAAAAGAGAUGUUUCAUCAAGAUGAAACACAUUUGGACUGUGGAUAGGACUGUUAAGUCGCCAUAUGAUGAUGUGUUUGUUCCCGAAUCAACAAUUACUGAACAUGUAUGGCAAAAUUUGGACAAGUGGUCCGAAAAAACUGCAGUGAUUUGUGGCGUAACCGAUAGGAAGUACACCUACUUACAGUUGUACAAACAAUCCCGAAUAUUUGGUGCUAGUUUGAGGAAAAAGUUCAAAGUGAAAGACGGCGAUGUCGUUGCUGUUAUGUUGCCUAACUGUCCAGAAUAUCCAACAGUGGUGCUAGGUAUCCUCACUGCGGGGGGAGCAGUCACCACCAUCAAUCCACUUUACACCGUCUAUGAAGUUCAAAGACAAAUUUCAUCAUCCGAAGCAAAAAUAAUUGUAACCAAUCCAGAACUUGUAAACUUAAUGAAGGAAGUUUUAAAGCAAAUCAAGUUAAACAUACCAGUUAUAGCUAUUGAUAUCGAUGAAAGACGACCUGAGGAGACGGUUUCUUUCAAAGAACUUAUAAAUGACAGUCAUGUGGAUACAGAUAUUUUGAAAGAGGUUAAAAGAUCUGCAGAUGAUACAUCUCUUUUGCUAUAUUCAAGCGGUACAACGGGCUUACCUAAAGCCGUUGAACUGACUAACAGAAAUAUUGUUGCUAACUGUGAACAGCAAAAUGGUGAUGAAUGCAAGAAGUUUAAUGAUACCACUGAAACACAUCAAGACAUCACCCUUGCGUAUCUCCCCAUGUUUCAUUCCUAUGGGUUAUCAGUUAUAACUAUCCACAAACUGUCAGUUGGUUUAAAACUGGUGACUCUUCCAAAAUUUCAACCUGAUACUUUUAUAACAACAUUGGAAAAACAUAAAUUUGGUCUGGUGUAUGUGGCUCCACCUACAGUUCUAUUCCUAGCAUCAAGUCCUCUAGUGAAAUCAAAACAUUUUGAGAAACUGCAAAAUGUGCUGACAGGAGCAGCGCCUUUACCACAGGCUGAUGUGGAGAGAUUUUUGAGUAAAAUGGAUCAUGAAGUAAACUUUGGGCAAGUAUACGGCUGUACUGAAGCUGGUCCGGUGGUAACAAUAACACCACAUGGCUGUAAGGAUUAUAGUACGGUGGGAUUAGCUUUGCCCAACUCCGAAUUGAGGAUAGUUGAUAAUGAAAUGAAUAAUGUGGGUCCCAAUGAGUUAGGAGAAUUGUUAAUCAAAGGACCAAAUGUGAUGAAAGGUUAUAAAAACAACCCACAGGCAAAUUCACAGGUCUUUGCUGACGGCUGGUUGAAGAGUGGCGAUUUGGCAAAGAUUGACGAAUAUGGUUAUGUUACUAUAGCUGACAGGUUAAAGGAACUAAUAAAGGUAAAUGCUUAUCAAGUUCCACCGGCGGAGCUAGAGAGCGUUAUUAGAGAACAUCCAGCAGUGUUCGAUGCAGCUGUAGUUGGGGUGCCAGAUGAAAAGACAGGAGAAAAGCCUAAAGCUUUUGUAGUACUUAAUAAAGAUUCUAAAGCCAGUCAAAAAGAUAUAAUGGAUUAUGUGAGUGAGAGAGUGGCACCAUAUAAGAGGCUAAAAGAAGUUCAGUUCUUGGACGUCAUUCCGAAGAAUCCAUCUGGGAAAAUUUUGAGAAGAGUACUUGUAGAAAAUUAGGUUAAUAAAAUGUUAAGGUUAAGGCAGUAGUAAUCUUCAAUCUAAGUAUAUUGGGAAUACUUAGUUAAAGCAGUCCGAAUAAUAACAGUUAAUUUUGCGACCUUGGUGGUAUAAUUACCUCCUUGUGUCUUGUUGUACCUACUUACAUAUAGCUUGUAUGCCUAGUUAAAAAUAUUAUACGGUAAGUUAAGAACUAUGCCUAUUAGAUUCAAGGUUUUUCCAUUUGACGAGACACACGUAAUGUAAUCACUUGUAAAUAGCGAUGGAAAAUAAAAUAUCGACAUUUGUAUUUUGUCUGAUAAAACAUCCGUAGACAUUGACUAGAUAAUUUUUAAAGCGUAAUCGUAGAUGCAACGUAACUUUAACCACUGGUUAUUGCAACUAGAUUUUAAUAGUCUUUUUUACGCUUAUUGUUUGGCCGUGGUUUGUACUUAUCUAGUAACUAUUCGAAUGAGAGCGGAACUACGUUUGUUUGAAGCGCACUACGAAAAAGCCAUUCUUCACAAUCAUACGUUAGGUACGAACUUACGAACGAACAGAAAAAAAUAAACUAAAAAGUGUAUCUAGGCUCCGAUAUAAUAUAUUGACAAUCAAAAAGUGUACAACGGUAACCAAUUUGAAUAAAUGAUUUGAAUUUGAA